GACACGUUCUGCUCUUCGACGGAUUAGAAUUUAGAAUAUAAAUCACAAAUCUUUAACCGAAUUCUUCUUCUUCUUCUGAGUCUGAGUCUGAAACGAUUGAGAAAAGAAGGAUCUGUUUUUGCAGUUCUGUUCUUCCUUCCCCUGUUUUUCUGUGUGUCUCGCUAUACUCUGUUUUUGCUCUGCCGUUUCUUUUCCCCUUUUUCUGUUGGGUUUACUGCCUUCAUUUCGUCAUUUUUCUAUACCCGAAAAAACUAAUCAUUAGUCCAGGAAUUAUGGGUUUCUGUUGUGAAAAUUAAAGGAAAGUAAUCCGUUCUUGGUUGCGUAGCGUAUCCUCAUUUCCUCCUUCUAGUUUUAGCCUCUGUUCUUCAUUGAAACCCGUUUCGGAUUUGGGUGUUUUCUCUGUUUUGGCUGUUUUUCUUUCUGGGUUGUUUCCUUUUUGGAUCAAAAAGGGUUAAAAUCUGAAGGAUUGAAGAAACGAAUUGGGGUUUCCGCAUUACCAGCGAGGAAUCUGAGUGAAUAAAAGAAGAAGAAGAGAAGAAUCCGUAAGAACACAGUUUGUUUCUCUCAAAUCCCGACAAUAUUUCAGCUCGGUUUUCUGGAAUGGCGUCGAAUUUGGAUUGUUUUCUUCAUUGCACAACACCAGUGGUUCAAUCCCAAUUCCUCCCAAAGACAGAAAUCAGGAAUCUCAAUCGAGUAUGGCAUCCAUGGGAGAGAGAAAAAGUGGAAUAUUUCACUCUGAGUGAUAUCUGGAACUGCUACGAUGAAUGGAGUGUUUAUGGAGCCAAAGUUCCAAUCACUUUAAGCAAUGGAGAAACAUUAACUCAAUAUUACGUUCCUUAUCUCUCCGCCAUCCAAAUCUUCACUGGUUUUAGGGUGGAAACAGAGUCCGGCGACGGAGAUUCUUACAGCGAUUGUUGCAGUGAAGAAAGUGAUAGCGAUAAACUAUGGAGAUGGGAUGGAACUGGAAGCAGUUCCUCUGAAGAUGGAGGAUCCGAACAAGAAUCGCUUCUGCAUCAAAACGAUCGAUUGGGUUACCUUUACUUUCAAUUCUUUGAGAAAUCAACUCCAUAUGGAAGAGUCCCUUUACUGGAUAAGAUCAAUGGAUUAGCUCGAAGAUUCCCAGGUUUGAUGACAUUGAGGAGUGUGGAUCUGUCGCCAGCAAGCUGGAUGGCUGUGUCUUGGUACCCAAUUUAUCAUAUUCCCAUGGGAAGAACUAUCAAGGACUUGUCCACUUGCUUCCUCACUUAUCAUACUCUGUCAUCUUCAUUUCAAGAUAUAGAGAUGGAGGAGGAGGGAGAGAUGAAGCGGCGGCUGCAGAGGGAAGCCGGGGAAGGGAUAGCGGUGGCGGCGUUCGGGGUGGCGACGUACAAGAUGCAAGGGAGUCUGUGGGUGGCGGGUAACGGCGGUCGGGACCAGGAGAGGCUGGUGGCGCUGUCGAGUGUGGCGGAGUCAUGGCUAAAGCAACUGAGAGUCCAGCAUCAUGACUUCAAUUACUUCACUGGCCUUCGCCAUGGCUAACACAAUGAGUCAAUCAUAUAUCAUUUUCUUCUGCUUAAAAACCCAUCAAUUUCAUACUCUUAAUGUAUUCAAAGUUUUAAUCAAAUAUACGGAUCGUUUUGGUUUGGUUUAA